GAUGGCGCGGGCAGUGUGCGACGGGCAGCGGCGGCCUGGCGCACAGAGAUGGCUUCGUCCUCGGAGCGGAGCCGCGGCGGCGGCGGCGGCGCGUGUGCCGGUUGCCCGCGGACGGCGAGGCCUUGGUGGCGGCUCGCGGUGCUCCUCCUCUCCGUGUGCUCUCUGCCGGCGGCCACGGCGCUGGUGGAGGGGCUGUACUGCGGCACGGAGGUCUGCUACGACGUGCUCGGCGUCGGCCGGGAGGCCUCCAAGGCGGAGGUCGCCCGGGCGUACCGGCAGCUGGCGCGCCGCUACCACCCGGACCGGUUCAGGCUGGGCGAGCCGGGCAUGGAGGGCGAGACCCGGGAGUCCGCGCAGGGCAAGUUCCUGCUCGUCGUGACCGCGUACGAGACGCUAAAGGACGAGGACAGCCGGCGGGACUACGACUACAUGCUGGACCACCCUGAGGAAUACUACCAGCACUACUACGCCUACUACCGCCGACGGCUCACGCCCAAAGUGGACGUCAGGGUUGUGAUCCUCGUCACCGUCUGCGCCAUCUCCAUAUUCCAGUACUACAGCUGGCACAGCAGCUACAACGAGGCCAUCAACUACCUGGUGACGGUGCCCAAGUACCGGAUCCAGGCCACGGAGAUCGCCCGGCAGCAGGGCCUGCUGAACCGCACCAAGGAGAAGGGCAAGAACCGGCGCUCCAAGGAGGAGAUCCGCGAGCAGGAGGAGGAGGUGAUCCGCGACAUCAUCAAGACCAAGAUCGACAUCAAGGGCGGCUACCAGAAGCCCAACCUGUCGGACAUCCUGCUGUGUCAGAUCGUGCUCUUCCCCUACUACCUGACGCAGUACGUGAGGUGGUACGCGACCUGGAUCUACCGCUUCACCGUCUGCAGGGAGGAGUACGGCGACGAGGAGAAGCUCUACAUCAUCAGGAGAAACAUGAAAAUGUCUCAGUCUCAGUUCGACAGCCUGGAGGAAACCAACCGACAGACCUUCCUGGAGAAACGGCUCUGGAUCAGAGAAAACUACGAGGUGUACAGGAAGGAGCAGGAGGAGGAGAUGAAGAUAAAGAUGGCCACCGACCCGAGGAUGAAGCGGUACCGCCGCUGGAUGAAGAAUGAGGGCCCAGGCCGUCUGACGUUCAUCGACGACUGAACGGUGGCGGCGAGCUGCUCGAGCUGUGACAUCACACACCUGCCUCAGUGCCGACGACAACAUGGGGACAACAUGGCAUUGCCACCACCGGCCCCCCCCCCCCGCCCAUUCAGAAACAAUCAACUAUGCUUGUUUAUAUAGCAAGAGAUAUUUUCAUACCGAUCGCACCUCAUAGAACGGAUCAUGUGGAAUAAACUGUCAGCGAAGA